UUGUCUACAAAUACAGUUGUGACCUACUGUCAAUCUGUAUACUCCUUGGCUUGGCUUUCUAUGCUGCCGUUCAGAGAGCCUCUGCUGCCACCGUGUGAUCAAAUCUUGUUAGUGUUGGCUCAUGUGGCCACACUGCCAUUGACCGUCAAAUCAAAAAUGAAAGUAAAACUACUUCCUCGCUGCAGAAAGGAAAGGGACUACCGAGUGUGACUAGCAGCCCAUUCCAUUCACUGCUGAACAUUGCCCAGGAUGGUCGCCCUGAAACCUUAUGUGCUUCUCCUGGUCUUCGACGUAUUAUUAUGGCUUUCAGUUUGGCUUCUUGUGGUCAGUUUGGGUGUCGAAUGCAGUUUAAAUGCUUGGCUUGCCGGACUAUGGUGUUAUAGGCUGAUAAGCGUGGCCAUACUUAAUCAUUUGGCUCGCUUUAUAAGUUCUGGGAGUGAGCAGAAAGUUUUAACGCGAUGGGUGACAGCGCUGUGCCUUCUGUCUCCAACGUUCGAGACAGUGAAGACUUUGCUACCGGAGAGCUCUUCUUACCAUUGUCCAGUUCCCGAUAUCGGGAUGGUGGCGCUGGCUGCAGCCUCAACAAGUAUAGCCUGUGCGAUGUGGGAGUGUCUUUUCCCGGACAAGGCGCCUGGAGACGCCGCCAAGGUAAAGAAGCAACAGGAGGCCCGCGCGCUGCUCAAGCGCGUGUCGGGAUACGCGGCUCCAGAUUACCUUUACCUGGGAGCGGCCUUCGUCUUUCUUGCCUUGACAGCCAUAUUUGAGACAUACAUCCCAAUAUACGUUGGGAAAGUGAUUGACAUCCUGAGUGGCACCUAUGAGCACACCAGCUUCCUCUGGGCGAUCGGUCUCAUGGGCCUCUACAGUCUUGGAAGUUCGUUGUUUGGAGGGCUACGCGGAGGAUUUUUCAUGUGCAGCCUCUGUCGGCUGAACAAGAGGGUGAGGCACAUGCUCUUUCAGAACCUUAUGAAGCAGGAGGUCAACUUCUUUGAGGAAAACAAACCAGGCAACCUGUCGUCGCGUCUGAUCUCUGACACGGACAAGAUGGGCCGCUCGGUGGCGCUGAACGUGAACGUGCUGCUGAGGAGCCUGGUGAAGACGGCCGGCAUGCUGUGGCUCAUGCUGGGCCUCUCCUGGGAGCUCACCCUGCUGGCCUGCAUCGAGAUGCCCCUCACCGCCCUGCUGCAGAACAACUACAACACAUUAUCUCAGGACCUGUCCCAGAAGCUGCAGGACUGCCAGGCGGAGACGCGGGAGCUGGCGGGCGAGAGCCUUGGGGCCGUGCGCGUGGUGCGCUCCUUCCACGCCGAGCGACAGGAGCUGGCGCGCUACCAGGCCGCCCUGGACAAGAUGUUCCACAUCAAGCGGCGCAAGGGCAUCUACAGCGCCAUGCACCUUCUGCUGAGGAGGAUGGUGACGGUGGGCCUGAAGGUGCUGAUGCUUCUCCAGGGCCGAGCACUCAUCUCCACCCAGAGGCUCAGCAUGGGCAGCCUGCUCUCCUUCGUCCUCUACCAGAAAGACAUGGCCACCAAUAUGAAGCACUUGGUCUACAUCUAUGGAGACAUGCUGAGCACCAUGAUCUCCUCCAGGAAAGUCUUCGAGCUCUUGGACAGGAAGUCCAAGAUGAGGGAGGAGGGCUCCCUGGCCCCAGAGACCCUGGAGGGCAGACUCACUUUCCACAACGUCACCUUCGCAUACCCAUCCAGGCAGGAGGUGCAAGCACUGAAGGGGGUGAGUCUGGAGGUGUCUGCGGGGAGCAUGACGGCCCUGGUGGGGCCCUCUGGAGGAGGGAAGAGCUCCUGCGUCAGCCUGCUGCAGCGCUUCUACGAGCCCCAAGAGGGGGAUGUGCUGCUGGACGGGGUGCCCCUCAGAGAGUACAGCCACCGAUACCUGUGCAGCAAGAUGGCUGUGGUUUCUCAGGGUCCGUUCCUGUUCUCUGGGUCAGUGGGCUACAAUAUCCAGUAUGGCAUGCAGGAUUGCACGGAGGAGCAGGUCAAAGAGGCGGGCAAGAGGGCCAGCGCUGACAGCUUCAUCGGGAACUUGGGGGAAGGUUACGAUACAGACGUGGGGGAGAGCGGAGAUCAGCUUUCCAAGGGUGAGAAGCAGUGCAUAGCCAUCGCCCGGGCCCUGGUGAGACGGCCUCAGAUCCUCAUCCUGGAUGAAGCCACCAGCAGUAUGGAUGUCAAUACAGAGCAUGCUGUGCAGGGCGUUCUGAAUGGGGCGAAGGGCCAGACGGUGUUGGUGAUAGCCCAUCGUCUGCAGACGGUGGAGAGAGCGGAUCGCAUCAUCUUCAUGGACCACGGCCAGGUGGUGGAGCAGGGGACACACCAGGAGCUCAUGGACCUGAAGGGACACUACUACCGCAUGAAGGAGAAGCUCUUCCUGAAAGACUGACAGCUGGCCUCAGAAAAUGCCGAAGAACAUUUUUUCCCCCUCUCUGGUCCAGCUACAACUGGGCUCAAAACCAUGAAGAACCACCAUCAUCUCUGUGGUCCAGCCAAAACAGACCUGCUGGGUAGCCCAGGGUGACAGAAACCUGUUGGAGAGCUUGUGGGGGUGGAGGGAAUUGGCAGAUGUGUUUAGCAGAGGCUGUGUGUGGUGCACAAACUGGAAAUGCAGUUAAUUGGACCUGCUUUAGCCGUCUCUGUCCAGAGGUUUCUGGAUGAGUUUGGAGAUUUCACACUCCGUUAAGGCUCUAAUGGUCUCCAAUCACAUUUCUGCCCCCAUUAUCUCAUGGCUGUCUGAACACACACAGAUUGGAAUGCAUACGGUGUUCCUUCGGCAUGGGCUACUUCAUCAAGACGGUCUAGCUUAAACCCAAACCCUGUUCCUAGCCUUCACCCCUAGAGGCGCUGUUGUAGUGCCUUGCUUGGUAGCUCUGCUCGACGGAUAGCUCAUGUCGACACGACACCACCACAUUUCAAGAGUGCAUCAGGCCCUAACACAGGAAGGAGCAAGAAUACCUCUUGAAAUACCUCAUUAGGUUACAUUUGGCUUUUAGUGCUUUUAUCCUAAACAACUUACAAAAGAGGAAAUAAGAGAAAAAAGUGAAGUACAUGGGAAGAGUAGUGAAUACACAGGCAUGAAAAGGUGUGUACGACUAGGUUGUUAUGAUGGAAACUAUUGGAGUCUCUCUUCUCUUCUCUUCUCUUCUCUUCUCUUCUCUUCUCUUCUCUUCUCUUCUCUUCUCUUCUCUUCUAAAUGCAUACUAGGCGUUUGUUGUAUUAGUUUGUUAUUUAAUGUUUCAUUUUGCAUGGUAUUGGCGGCCAGAAGGCAUACAUUCUCUUUGCUAGAGCUGUACAUUUGAACUACAAGGACAUUAAUGUUGUGUUUAUGAUUUAAUGCACAAUGCUUCACUGCCAAAGUGGAACACUGGAUCAAGCACCGGCUGUUUGCUCAUGUAAGGACAAGGAUACAAGGAAGUGUAUUUGUCACUUACAGUACAAAACACUGCAAUAUGACAUGCAUUGUAUGACAGUUCAUUUGUCAGAUGCUUUUAUCCAAAGCAACCAAGGACUUGGAAAAGUGAAUCAUGUACUGUAAGUGUGGCAUGCAGUGAACUUGCAGUUUGGUCUGCCUGUAUUGUGCAUCAGUGAAUACCACUCAACACACUCCGCUGCUCAACCUGUACACAAAUUAUGUAAAUGUGGAAACGGCAAAUUAAUUUUAAUAUUUUAAAAUAAAUGUGGACGAUAACGCUUGAAAAGAAAUGUAUUGUGAUAUUUUAACAAAAUGACCGUGAAUUAAAGCAUUUUCGCUGUGUACUGUAUGCAUAUACGCUCACGUUUCAUUAACACAGUAAAGGUGAUUACUCUCAUUAUUAUCACAGUCAGGCCAGGGAGGGGAAGUAAGUGACUCCCCACUUCUGCGCUGAUUUAUGUGAUGGCUGGCUGCAUGAACCACUCAAGCGUAAGACUAUGUGGCAGGCAGAGUUCACUUGUCAGUUCCUGAAUUUAUUGCUGCUUAAACGCUUCAGCU